AUGCUCAUAACUAAAGCUCUUCGCUGCAGUUUCCUCGUGUCAAAGUCGUUUUCGUUUCGUCACUCGCUUGCCCCCUUUGCACUUCGAGCCAUGAGUUCGGAUGAACGCCUCAAGGCCGAUAUUGCUGCUGUCUCGUGUGCUGCUUCGUCUGCUGAUAAUAAAACCAUUUUCGAUAAAAUCAUCAACGGACAAAUCCCGGUAAAAAUCGCGUACGAGGACGAACAAUGUUUAGCUUUUCAUGACAUAAAUCCACAGGCGCCUGUACAUAUCCUGAUCAUUCCCAAGACACGCGAUGGUCUCACUCAACUUGCGCACGCGGAGGAGCGCCACAAAACAAUCCUUGGCCACCUACUGUACACCGCCAAGGUGGUUGCAAAGCAGCAGAUGCUGGAGAAGGGUUUUCGAAUCGUCAUUAACGAUGGAGAGGACGGCUGUCAAUCUGUAUUCCAUCUACAUUUGCACGUUCUUGGUGGACGCAAGCUUGGCUGGCCUCCUGGAUAA